AUGAAAUGGGACGAGCAAAGCUUUAAUAAAUGCAUCCAAAAAUUAAAAAAUAUGCACUCACUACCGAAUUUAUUUAUUCCUGCAAAUUUUGAACUUCCAACGCUCAAAUUAAAAAAAGCUGAAGUGCCAAGUGAUGAAAGAUAUAGUGUAGCUGAAAUUGAAAGUCAAAUUCUUUUAGGGAAAAUGACAGAAAGAGCAAAUAAAGCAACUGUAAAAAGGCAUAAUAAAUCAAAAGAAAUAAAAAGCCUAAAUAAAGAGGCUAGAAGAAAAGAGAUGAUGCAAAUAACUGCAGAUAAUUUUGAACUAUGAAAAAGAUUGCACAACAGAAAAUCGUCUUAUGAUAUAAAACAGCUGAGGAAGGACCGUGAACAAAACGAGCAAUAUAUCACACUUAGAUGCGAAUAUCCUUAUGUUAUUGGCCCAGUGUUAUCAAGUGAUAAAACUUCAAGCACAAAGAAUUUCAAUCAUAAAAGGAUAAAAUUAAGCCCUAUUGAUGGGGAAGAAAAGCAGCUCCUAUUCAAAAAAACUGGAAUGAUAUCAGAAAAAUUUUUUUAUGUUGAAGUAUAUAAAAAGAAAUCGUAAUUUUAAAAUAGAAAUGCUUGAAUUCACGCUUAUAAUGGAGAAACUUUAAUUUAUACCCUAAAAAUAAGCUUAAACGAAUUGAAAAGCAUUAUUGGAAAAUCCCGGGAUUACGAAAAACUUCUAAAGCUUUUAAAACUAGAAAAUGAUGAGCUUAUUUUGGAUUCUUAA